AUGGCAUCCUCAUCUACAGGUAUGUAUGUAGCUGUAGAUUUUCAUUACAAUGGAUUCUUUUCGCCAAACCCAUUGGUGUACUUAGACCCCGUAAAAACAAAUGUACGUGAUGUGGAUUUUGGGGGAUUUACGUAUAAAGAGUUUCUUUUGUGGCUUACGAAAUUAACCAAUGGAGCCUGUGAUAAUGUCUACUACUGUAUGCGAAAGGAAAGCUUGUGUGAGGGUAUUAGAAGAAUCAACAGUGAUGCUGAUUAUUGGGAGUUUGUGGAAACUGUUUAUAGUCUGGAGAGUGAUAGUCUUGAGAGUGAGUUAGAUGUGUACAUUGACCACCAAAAUGAACCAAUUCUUGAUUGGGCUGAUAACGAGUUCUUAGCAGAUGGUAAAGGGUAUGAGUCGGAUGAGUUGGAUGCAGAGGAUGACAAGGAUUCUGAAGUUUCAGAGACAAUGGAAUAUGAACAUGAAUGGGAUGAUGAAGAGGAACAUACUUUUGAUAAAACUGUUGGAGACCCAUUCUUGGACAAACUUUCAGGACAUAUUAGUGAUGAUGAUGAAGAGGAAGCAAACAAUGGGAAGCUUAAGGAUGUUGUGUUCCCUGUCCAUAAUGAGAAUCAAGAAUGGGAGCAAAUGGUGCCAGUUUUGGACAAUCCCUAUAGGCCAGCCUUCACCACCAACACCACCGCCUGCCACCGCUUCCUAACCUUCAUCAUUCAGCACCACUGCAACCCUAGACGUCGCUCCCCCUCCUUCCGCCUUAAACAACCCACAUCUGGGCUCUCUAUCUGUUCAAAAACAGACGCAGCAACCACGAUUGGGAGCUUGCUUUGGAACGAAAACUUGGAUCUUGGAAAGGAAAGAAAACCCAUAUCAUCUUUUCAACUGGAUGACAGAAGGAGUUUUGAUGGUUUUUAGCAAGGCCGUGGUUAGAGGUCAGGCUACAGAUUUUGAAGGUUAGUCCUAUGAAAAUCGAAUUCACAGUGUUUGAUCUUGAUAUUGAUGAUGAAAAUGAAGGUUUUUAUACAAAAAAUGGGAGGGAAGUACAAGUUCUUUCUUGAUUCACCCAAAUUGUUGUUUUUUAUGCUACUAUCUCUGUUCUGAAUACGACCUUUAGUUUAACUUCUAAUAAGAGGGGUACAUGUGUCAUUUUUCUAUUGUGUAUCAACAAAAACUUUUGUUUUCUGAAACAAAACCCUAACUAUAUGUAUUAUCUUAUACAAAUUACAACAUAUAAAUAUUAUGAGGGAC